CCAUGUGUAAAAAUAUAUUACGGUUUUAUCAGAUUUUUAAGUAAUAUACAAUUGAUGACAAUUGUAAAACGAAUACUGCUCUUACGAUUAAUCUCAAUAGGCCUGGAUAUAAUAAUAUUUGUCAUAUAUUGUCAAAAUUUUUUCGUAGGGGAAUUUCUUGGUAAGAGAGGAGAUCAUGAACACGCUCCAGAUGCAGCCGGAUUAGAAUCAAAGAAGGUAAUAGAACGAAUAAAAAAAGCUAGUGAUUCUAAUCAGACAACAAGAAAUAUUAUAAGCGAGGCAUUUUCUCAGUCAUCUAUGCCAAUUGCAGCUAGGUUACCUUCAACUGUUGCGCUUAGUCGAACAAUUCAACGUUCUCGAAAUCGAAAUAAUGUACCUCCACCCAACCCUGUAACUGUUGAUUCUUUAGUAAUACCUAGCGAAUACACAUUAACUCUAAGUAAUUUACCUUUUUUGCUAUAUGACAGUAAAAAUAAUGAAAAUUGGGAUAUUAAUAACAGAAUAUUGAUAUUCACAACAAAUGAAAAUUUAAAUAUACUGAAUGACUCCGAAAUAUGGUUCGCAGAUGGAACGUUUAAAUCUGUACCCAAUAUAUUUAACCAACUGUAUACUAUUCACGGUAAUAUUGACUGCACUGUAUAUCCACUUAUAUAUAUAUUAAUGUGUAGUAAAAACGAAAAUAGUUAUUCCGAAGUACUAAAUCAAAUUAAUAUACUCAAACCAAAUUUACAACCAAAUGCUAUUGUGAUAGAUUUCGAACAAGCAUUUAUAAAAUCAUUUAAAGAAUUAUACACUGAUGUUAAAAUACAUGGAUGUUUUUUUCAUUUUACCCAGUGCUUAUGGCGAAAAUUGCAAUCGUGUGGAUUAAAGAAUAGGUAUUCUACAGACGCAAUAUUUUCCCACGAAAUAAAAAAAUUAUCGGCUCUCGCUUUUGUACCCGUUGAUAAUGUUAUUUUUGCAUUUGAAGAACUAAUUAACUCCGACUACUACGUAGAUAAUGAAGAAGAAUUACGAACAGUUGUUGAUUAUUUUGAAGACACGUGGAUUGGGAGACCAACACGUGGUGGUAGGCGAAGAACGCCUACUUUUCCAAUUAAAAUAUGGAAUAUGUUUGAUGCUGUAAUGGAAGGCUCUCCCAGGACAAAUAACUCAGUAGAAGGAUGGCACAGAGCGUUUAAUUCUGCACUGGCAGCUAACCAUGUAACAGUGUGGAAGUUCAUAAAUAUGUUAAAGCGAGAACAAGGUCUGCAGGAGGCCAAAAUGGAGCAGCAAACAGCUGGUGCACCUCAACAAAAAAAAAAGGCGAAAAUAUAAAAAUUUGGACGAGCGGUUAAUUGCUGUUGUAAAAGGAUAUGAGGAAACUAAUAACA